AUCUCUUCUCUUCGGCGCUCUUGUGUUCAACGCCUGGCAGUCUCAGUCGGCGUGUGACCGUUGUCAAGACGACUACGCAACAAGUGAACUGCGGUACACCCACCACAUGGUGCUCUUCCACGCCUUCUGCAAUUGUCAAACACCGACAAACGCAAACGCUUGCCUUAAGUGUCUUCAAAUCAAUGAAAAAAAAUUGCCUCUGCAGCAAAACUAGCCACUGACUUUAUUUUCCAAAAAAAGUGUUUUUGACUUGGACAUGCUCAUUGGUCCGGUUAUUUAGUGUCUAGUGUUCUUUUUGACAGUUUGUGAAGUUAUGACAUUUUGAGAAUUUGUUGAAUAAGAUCGUGUUUAUUGUUACGCACGAAUGGUCAAGACAAAGAUACGUCAACGCAAAUUGAAUGUGAUUAGUUGAUUUGUAUUCAAGUGCAUCUGUGUGUAUUCAUAUUGAAUCGACUGUGAUUUGUGGCCUGAGGAGCGAAAGCGUCGGUUUUCUGGUAUUUUCCGAAAUAGUAAAUAUGCUCGCAAUUUGAAUUAAUUCAAGGCGACUGAGCUAAAGAGCAAGGUUGAGUUCGGUGCUUAUGGGACUCUCGGACCGCCGAGGGUGUGUGUUCUAGUGCGCCCUUCGGGGCUAUGGAUACGGGGGCUUGUUGUGUGGCCCCCUCGGCGACGCCCCGAUCCGACGACCAGAUCGUCCCGGCACAUCCAGGAGACUGCUGGAACCCCCACCAGAGCAACCACUCGCAGCCCUUCGUCGACGCCUGGCUCCUUCAAAUGCAGACUAGUGACUUGGACACGUUCCUGUGCAAGCAGGAGUGGGAACGUCGGCUCGAAGAAGAACUCGACAAACCUCGACGAGAUUCAGCAUCUCAAAUCGAUGAUUUUUUCGAACCCGCCCACAAUCGCCAUCAACCCACCAUGAGUUACGUUUCGAUGAGAACCCUUCCUGGAACAGACGACGAUGUUUUUCUACGACCACCCCUUUGGGAAGACAUAGCCAGUAGCAUACAAAACAUAGACCCCGAAAAUGCCAAUAUGUUAGGAGUAAGCCCCAGUCACGUCAAACUAGAAGCCGUUGACGAACUAACUGCCAGUUGCCCUCCAACGCCGUCCCCUCUCCUCUCCCCCUUAGAAAUUAAAACCGAAAAGGUGUUGCAACAGACCACCCCCACCCUACACCUGAUGGGCACCCCAACGAGCCCCUACAACCAGGCGCAGCCCACGAGUCCGCAGCAAACCCCCCACUACCACCAGCCCCAGCAAACGCUGCACCACCCCCACAACAACAACAACAAUAACAAUAACAACAAUAACAACAACACGCACUCCCAGUAUAAAUACAACAAUGCAGUGGCGCCGAGUCCCGCCCCUGGCAGCGCUCUCUACCCCCCCAUAUCUAGGUUAAUGUACGUGUCGCCGUUGACACCCCCCAGCUCUGAGCCGGGCUCGCCUGGGGGCACGCUGCCAAGGCGCACGCCGCCCCCGCCAUAUCCCGCCCCCGGAUGCCAGCAGCAGACGCCCCAGCCGACGAUCAACCGAAUUACGUCCUCGACGGCGAAGUACAAUAGGCGGAAUAAUCCAGAAUUGGAGAAGAGACGGAUACACCAUUGCGAUUUCAUAGGUUGUACAAAGGUCUACACAAAGAGCUCACACCUGAAAGCACAUCAAAGAAUUCACACAGGAGAGAAGCCGUACCAGUGUCAGUGGCCUGAAUGUGAAUGGCGAUUCGCCAGAUCGGAUGAACUUACAAGACAUUAUCGAAAGCACACAGGAGCAAAACCAUUUAAAUGUGCGGUUUGUGAAAGAUCGUUUGCUCGAUCGGAUCAUCUUGCCUUACACAUGAAGCGACACCUUCCUAAAACAUCAAAGUAAUACUACUAUCUGAUAUUUAUAUAACGUUUUACAUACCUUAUUUAUCGUCACAUUCCUCUCUACUAUUCUCUUAAGGAGCGAUCUCAACUACUUAGAAAACGUACAUUUUGUUAAAUUCCAAUCCGCCUUAUACCUCAUGUUCACCGUCAUGCCUUUUGUGACUUAGAGGCCUUCUCCAGUGUACUUAGAAAAUAUAAAUGUGUAUAAUAAUGCAAAAUUUGUGAUUUUAACUUAACACUUCUCCAUCCACGCUUGACGUCGUACUAUAGGUGAUUGUAAUAGAUUUUUCAGUUUGUUCAUUUAUUUGGUUGUGAAGUUAUUGUUAUUUAUGAUAAUGUUUAUCAAAUGAGCACUAAUAUCGUUAGGUAAAUUUUCUUUAACAUUGCCAUCUGUUUUACCCAGUGUUGUGAUUUCUGUUUUGUUCGAAUGCGUAUACACUUUUCAGUAUAUGAAGUUACCAAAUAUGUACGCUGAAUUAUGUACAUAAAAAUAAAGCAAAACUGACUAGAAACUAGUCAAGUAAUUCCAAUAUUUGUAAGUAGGUUGUAAUUAUUAUAUUGCUACUUUGCGUAUUUAUAUCGUAAGUAUUAUAGAUGAGACACAAAUUUUAUUAACAUUACUUUGUACUUCAUGUUAUUUAUAUGAAUAGAGCAACUAGAGUACACAAUAUUUUAGGUAGAAAUUGUUUUCAUUUUUUAAUUUUGUAUAAUUUACUUUUAAUACAAGUUUAUUUUUACCAAA